UGGGGUGUUUUUUGACCUGACAAUGACAACCAACCACGGGGCCAGAAGUUUGAGAAAAUUCCUUCAGAAAGUGAUAAACUCGUUCACUCUGUCCGGCUUCGAAUCUUUUACAUGAGCUUUGCAAAAAGUUGAACCUCAGGGCGGACAGACCUGAAACGAGCACAAUUAAAGUCAUUCAGAUGAAAAUAGAACAUAGCAGGAGCAGAUCUCCAAGACAUGGCAAGCCAGCACGUCUUCCUGUUUAUUAUAAGUGUCAUAGCAGGUUAUCUGCUGAAAGUUUAUAUUAAUUUCAAAAGCUGCGAGUACUGUGAUGAGAAUUGGAUCGCACUGAAUGUGAAAGGUUUAGAGGAGGAUUUCACAAAGAAACUGUUUGGACAACACAUCGCAAGCGAAGUGAUCAUCAAAGCACUUAAGGGUUCUUUAAGUAACCCUGAUCCCAAGAAACCCCUGACCAUGUCUCUACAUGGUAACAGUGGCACUGGCAAGAACUUUAUUAGUCGUUUAGUAGCCCAGAACCUUUAUAGAAAAGGAUUAUACAGCCAGUACAUCCAUGUAUUUGUGUCAACUCUCCAUUUUCCUCAUGUUCAGUUCAUUGACCGGUAUCAGAAUAACUUACAGACGUGGAUUCGUGGAAAUGUUUCACUCUGUGCCCAAUCAAUGUUUAUCUUUGAUGAAAUGGACAAAAUGCAUCCAGGCCUCAUCAAUGCAAUCAAACCUUUCCUGGACUAUAGCAGUGAUGUCGACAAAGUAGAUUACAGAAAAGCAAUAUUCAUAUUCUUAAGCAAUACUGGCGGUGACAAGAUAAGUGAAUUUACCUUAAGUGUUUUGAUGAAUGGAAAGGCAAGGGAGAGCAUUACACUGAGUCAGCUGGAAGAGGAACUCUCCUCGACAGUUUUCAACAACAACAACAGUGGUUUCUGGCAGACUGACCUUAUCCAACACAACUUGAUUGAUCAUUUCAUUCCCUUCCUACCCCUGGAGUUCAAACAUGUUGAGUCCUGCGUGAGAGCGGAAAUUGCAUCCAGGGAUAAAAAGAUCAAUGAGAGCAUUGUCACCACAAUUGCAAGCAGUAUGGUCUACUACCCAGAAGAGAGGCUGCUGUCACAAAAAGGCUGUAAGACUGUAGCCUCCAAAGUGAACCUGUAUUUCUAAGUUGGAGAACCUACAGAAGGAAACUUUUACAUAUCUCCUUGGCGUAUGCAGAAUCCCUGGGACUGAUUAAUGAUGCACUUAUUCACUGAUGACUCUUUUAACUGAAUUGCCCAUUAUUAGACUGUUGUUCCUGCUGGUCUCCAUUUCUGCCAUUUAGGAAUCUGUUGCAUUGGUACACCAUGUUUGUCUAUGUCGUGCCAUCCUCACCCACAGUAGCACAUCUAACCACCACCUGUGUCAUCUGUUAUCCAACUAGACGUGGAACAAAAACAGAAAUUGCUGGAAAAGUUCAGCAGAUCUGGAGUAUCUGUGGAGAGAAAUCAGAGUUAAUGUUUCGGGUCAAGUGACACUUCCUCAGAACUGGGAUCAGACCUCUUUCUGCUGCCAUCACUUUGCCUCCUGGAAAAGACACGAACAAUGGCUGAAAUACUGACAUCCUAUUCUGCAUGUCACUUUUCAGAGUUAUUUUUGCUCAUGCCAUUUCAAACAGCUCUUCAUUUGCCUUUUGGAUAGUAUGUGAAAUUUGCAGCAGAUGUCUUAAUGACCACACUUUUAAAAACCUCCAUUUUCUUUUCUUGCAGAUCUUUACUUAUCGUCUAGGCUUCUGAUAUGUACAGGAAAGGAUAUACAACACAGCAUCAUUAAAAAUAAUGGGUUAUUGACGAGUGCCUAAAUGGUGUUAAACACAAUCUAGUACAUUUUAAAGAAUUAAUGAUCGUGAUAUUGAUGUAAUCUGCAAGUGACAUUAGAAAGAGAUGAAUCCAAGCACUUGAAACUUAUUUUACUUGCAAAGGUAAAUUAUGCAUGAAAUGUGAGUGAAGUGGUUAAGAUCUGUACUUCCCAAACCUUCCUGCCCUAUGACACCAUUUCAAAAAUCUGAAAACUGUGAAGACCCCUCAGUGAGUAUUGUGAGAGUGAAUUGCAGGUUGCUUUGAGAGACCUGUUAGAGUGGGCAAAAUCAGAAGUCACACAACAUCAGGUUAUAGUCCAACAGGUUAAUCAGGUCAAGCUACCCAACAAAGGGGCAGCGCUCCCAAAGCUUCUGAUUUUAAAUAAACCUGUUGGACUAUAACCUGGUGUCAUGUGACAUCUGACUUUGCCCAAACCAGUCCAUCACCAGCACCUCCGCAUCACGUUACAGAAGAAGCAAAGCUCUCAUAACUUGGUUGGAGUUCCACAGUAGCCAUUGCACUUUGGAUCCCAAAAUUUCAACUCCUGACCACUUGGGGUCUCGACUGCACAUUGAAAAGUUUAAGACAGUUUACAACUUAUUUUUUUCAUCCCAAGAUGCAUACGAAGCAGGGCUGUAAAUAUUUUUAUAACCUGCAACAGCCAUUCCCAAGCACAACGGAUAAUGAUGGUUUCACCGCAAUAUCGAAUUGUUGUAACGUACUCCGAGGAGAAGAAAAAUAUCCUUGCAUAGAGAGUUGUGAAAAUAUGAAUUGGAUUGCUGCUGUAAGGCCGUGGAUGCAUCAUCAAUUGAGUUGUUUAAGGAGAAGGUAUAACUAUAUGUUGGCAGACAGGGGUACUUGGACACAGGACAUAGCAAUCUGGGAUUAAAGAGAAUUAAAGCAUUGAACGUAAAUGAGAGCUUAAUCGAUCCAAAAAUCAUUCUAACAUAAAAGCAAAAUACUAGAGAAGCUGGUAAUCUGAUAUAAAUACAGAAAAUGCUGGAGAAUCUCAGUAGGUCCAGCAACGUCUGUGGGGAGGAAAACAGAGUUAAUGUUUAGAUCCAAAGAAUCUUCUUCAGAACCAAAAGAAAACUUCCAGCCAUAUUGAUUUGACAUUGUGCUCAUGACAGCAAAAUAGUGGGGCGGUAUUUUUCUCUAUCUAUGAACGGUUUACGACUAAAACUACACAGUUUAACCUGAUUUCGGUUGAGUUGGUACUUAAGAGUUGUGUCAUGCAGCACAAACCUGAGCGGACUAGUUCAGGGCAUUUUAAUACAGUUUUAUUUGAUUCCACCAAAUGCUUCGUAGGUUUAAGUGGAACAUCAGUUUUGGGAAGUGGCUGUCUCGCAUUCUUAGUUUGGAAAUGGCAGCGUGUGGAUGUACUUGGCUCUCACAGGACGCCUUCGCCUGAAAGUCAGGUAUGCACCCGUACGAGUGAGGCAUUAAACUCCUGUUUCCCUGGAUUCACACUGUCAGCUUCGUGCUGCAUGAUUGGUUUUUGCACUAUAUGUCUUCAUCUACAAACAUCAAGGUUGUUGAAGAUCCCUCAAACCAACCUAAUGGAUAGGAUUCUGACCAGGAAGAGCAGUGUUUUGGCUCUGAGUCAGAGAGUUGUGGGUUCAAACCCCAAUUCAGACAAUUGAGCACAUUAACCAGCUGACAUUUCCUUGCAGUACUAAGGGAGUUGCUGCACUGUAGGAGCUGCUGUUUUCCAACCUGCUCUCUCAGGUAACCUCAGGAUAAAAGAUUCAGUUGCACUAUUUGAAGAAAAAUGAGGCAAUCUGGCACUGAUCUGACCAUUAUUUCUCCCUCAAACCUGUAUUAAACCACAAAAUUCCAGUUAUUGAUCUGAUCGCUGUUUGUGAAUUGCAAAUGCGAUUGUACUUAGCAGUAUUCUGUGAAUAAAAUUAAUUUAAAAGUU